AUGUAUGAUAAUUUAUUCAGACAUGGGGAUCGAACACCAAGCAAAAGAGAAGUAUAUCCCAAUUUACCACCUAAUCCCAUUUACGACAAGCUUGGGUAUGGAGAAUUAACCGAUGUAGGAAAAAAGAGGGCGCAGGAUCUCGGAAAGAUGUUGAGACAACGAUAUGAUAAAUUUUUGGGUAAAGCUCAGUACAACGAGGUUUACGCCAUCAGCACAGAUUUCGAUCGCACAAAAAUGACCCUACAGCUGGUUCUGAACGGGCUAUAUCCUCCGACAAAGAACGCGUCUUGGGACCAAAUGACUUGGUCACCGAUACCGACCUUGUAUUUACCGCUGCUUUUGGACACUGUAUUGUUCCCCCAGGCUUGCCCCAUAUACGUAUACGAAUGGUUACGCCUAAAAUUUUCGGAUGCAAUGAAGAAAGAACUAGACAAAUAUGCCGACCUUUUCCAAUAUCUUAUUCAAGAAACUGGACUAACUGCGAAAGAUAAUAUACUGUUGGCAGCCAGACUUUACCAAUUGCUACUAUCACAGCGCAGCAUGAACAUGGCUCUACCUAAGUGGGCCACGGACAAGGUUCAAAAAGCCCUCGAACAAAUAGUGACCCUAGAUUACAACAUUCAAUCGUACACGCCUAAAUUGAAACGCCUAAAUGGCGGCACGAUCGUGAAGCGACUCUUGCGAAAUAUUCGCGACAAAUCGUCUACGGCUGGGUCACGGAGGAAGAUUUAUCUAUACAGCGGACACGAUGUUAAUAUCGCCAGUUUCACCAAAGUAAACGGUUUCCCCGAACCAACUAUACCGCCUUACGGAUCCGCAUUUAUAGUCGAAACAUGGAAGACCGUAGCCGGGAAACGCUAUAUUCAAAUGUAUUACUGGACCGGUAUCACAGAGCAGUUGAAACCCAUGAAAAUUCCGAACUGUCAGGAGCAGUGUCCACUCGAGGAGUACGAAAAACUUAUGCAGUCCCUUAUUCCCACUGACGAAGAGUCUGCGUGUUUGUGGAACACAGUGACGAUGAAAUAUUUGCAGGAGUAUUAUAGGUUACUUGAAUAUUGAAUCGGACGUUUAUCGAAAGUCAACGAUCGAUGAAAAUGGAACGUUAACCGGGUCAUUGAUACUGCGAGAUAUUGCUCAAGCCAUGCUGGUUUGAAAAUUGGACCUUCGUAUAAAAUUCGUUAGUUAAAAUUCGUAAAUUCGCGAGAAGUUUUCGAAAAUUUAUUCGCAAAAUUGACGAGUCGUGAAUGAAGGUAACAAUGCAAUAAAUGUAAUUAUCAAUACCGCUGAUACGAGUUAUUAAUCUUCUGGCUCCAUCACGAUAAUUUACGCAGUGAUAAGCGGGAAUGUUAUCGAUGAAAUGCAAGUAAUUUGAUUGAUUGAAUCUUGCGACUCUUUUUCGGACGCUUGCAAAACGAAGCACAAUUUAUAAUUCAAUUUCACGUUAUAAUUUAUAUUCAAAAUUGAAGAACCACGGUGAUUAAAUACGUAAAAAUGAUAUAAAAGGCAGUGGUUUAUUCUGCAGUAAUUAAUUUAUAUAGUUAAAUGUCUUUUGGCAUAUUCGUUGUAGCGUACAUUUAAAAAUAUUUGUCUUCGCGCGCUCUGCAAGUAAACUAUACAGGCAGCACCACCUAGCGGUCAAAUAUAUAACUACAUCAUUAAAAAAUAACGUUUCUUCGCAAAAAUAAGGAAUUUUAGAGUCUAGUCGACGAUCGUGAAUUAUUCUACGUGUUCGACAAAAUCAGAAAAAUAUCUGUUCAGUGGGAUGGAGGUGUUAAUAUCGGAAAUUAAAAAAAUUGAUUUUUAUGGACUGUAAAAUGCUCAGCCAUCUAGCGGUGAACAGUAGGUACUAAUGAAACUAAAUUAGAUAACAUUACAACAUUAGAAAUAUUAAUUUCAUACACCUACUAUCACUGUUAGAACAUUUUAAAAUAAAUUGUAGACGA